AUGAAUAGACUUUCUGGUUAUCACAUCAUGAUAGUCUCAAUUUACUUUGAAACUAUCAAAGACUAUAUUAACUUGGAGUUGGUAUGCAAGAAGUUUAGAGGUAAUAUGGAGAAGUUUCACUUCAACCCGAUUCCGUUAAAUUCCAAAACACUUGGAUACUUCCCAAACAUCGAGACACUUCAUUUGUGGGAUAAAAAGGAUGAGAAUUUUGGGAAUGGAUUUAUGAUAAACACAGAGAAAAUGGAAAUUGUGAAAAUAAAGGUUGUUUUAAAGAAAGAAUUCUUUCGAACCAUUGUGUGGUUCAAUGUUGACUUUGAAACUGUUGACAGAAACAAAAAUCGAAACAUCGAGUUUAAAAAUGUCACUUACACUAAAAAUGAUAGAAAGAAAUUUGGUAAUAACAUACCAUCAAGUGUGACAUCAAUUGGUUAUGAUUGUUUCAGUGGAUGUAGUAGUUUAAGCAGUGUUACAAUACCAUCAAGUGUAAAAUCAAUUGGUUAUUAUUGUUUUUAUAGAUGCAGUAGUUUGAGCAGUAUUACAAUACCAUCAAGUGUGACAUCAAUUGGUGAUGAUUGUUUCAGUGAAUGCAGUAGUUUGAGUAGUGUUACAAUAUUAUCGAGUGUGACAUCAAUUGGUGGUGGUUGUUUCUUUGAGUGUAGUAGUUUAAGUAGCGUUACAAUACCAUCAAGUGUAAAAUCAAUUGGUGAUCAUUGUUUCAAUAGAUGCAGUAGUUUGAGUAGUGUUACAAUAUUAUCGAGUGUGACAUCAAUUGGUGAAUAUUGUUUCAAUGAAUGCAGUCGUUUGAGUAGUAUUAACAUACCAUUGAGUGUUACAUCGAUUGGUGAUAGUUGUUUUGAUAGAUGCAGUAGUUUGAGUAGUAUUACAAUACCAUCAAGUGUAAAAUCAAUUGGUGAUCAUUGUUUCAGUGAAUGCAGUAGUUUAAGCAGUGUUACAAUACCAUCAAGUGUGAGAUCAAUUGGUGAAAAAUGUUUUCGUAAAUGUAGUAAUUUUAGUAGUAUUACAAUACCAUCAAGUAUUACAUUAAUUGGUUAUUGGUGUUUCAGUGAAUGCAGUAGUUUGAGUAGUAUUACAAUACCAUUAAGUAUGACAUCAACUACUUUAAUUGAAUGUUUCCCAUCAAAUACAGUAGUUCAUCAAAAUUAA